UAAUAAUGAAAUUCAUGAUGUUAAUUGGCAACGAAUCAAAAGUCACGCAAUCAUUAAUGAAAAUAAUUUACGUAUGAAAUGGUUUAUUAAAAAUAAACAGCGAUUAUUGGAGAAUUUAUCAAAUGGAAGCAAUAGUAAAAUUGUGAAAAGUCAAAUUAAAAUUUUAAAAGAUGAUAAUAAACUGAUAAAACGUGAAGAAAAGAUACCAAAAGUCGAGAAUAUUGAUAAAUGUCCAUCAACUUCAGAUAAAGAAAAUGUUGGAAUUGAUUGUAUGCGUCCUGUUGAUCCUUCUACGUUGAAAAUUCUCUAUAAAAAAGAUAAAGAGUGUCGCAAUGAUGCUACAAAAUCAUAUUUACGCAAAAGAUACGAGUUACGACCAAAAGAUAAAUUUCAUAUGAUAGAGUGUUCCAAUUGGAUUUAUGGCUGGCAUACAAAUGAUCUUCCAGCUAUAUCAUCUUCAACAUUUGGAAAAAAGUUUAUUAUCUAUGAUAGUUUUUAUCGGAGAAAUUCAUCUUCUAUCAAUAGAGAUCCAGAUUUAUCCCGUAUUCCUCAAACGACAAAUCCAAAAAAUUUUAAUGACCUAUUAAAUUCAUAAAUAAUUAAAUUACAAUAUUAAGAAGAAAUUUUUGUAAUUAAUUAUUAUAAGACAAAAAAAAUUAUUUAAAAUGACAUCUGUUCCAAAUUGGUAUCAAGAACUUUCAAUUCCUCAGAUGAAUCGAGUACGCAUUUUACCUAAAGCCAUCAAAUGUGAUUUUGAUGAAAAGCUAACUGUCAGAACUCGAAAGAUUUUAACUGACAUUGGAAUAAUUUCUACGUUUGUAAAAAUUUCAUCAAAUAAAUUGAAAAAAAUAUUCAAAAAAAGUCAUAUGAAUCCUGGUAAAUUUUUAUGUGAAAUUUAUCGCUCUAUAACAGGAAAUUAUUUUGAAGAAGAACGCAAUAAAAAGUUUUAUGACUGCAAUCAAAGGCUUGUUUUAACAGCAAUUGCUUAUUUGUAUCUUCCGGAAACUAUCAUUGAAUUGCAUCGUCGAUUACCAAUAACAAAAAAAAAUGAUUCUUCAUAUUCAAAAAAAUAUUUUCCACCAGUUAAAUCACAACAGAAAUCUUCUAAAUCACCAUAUUUACAGUCUCGCCUGGAAGAAUAUAAUUUAAUACUACAAAAAAAUGAGCAAUUAAAAUCUCAAAAAAUGGGUCAAUUAAUUGCCAAACCUCAAGUGAUAUUACCUCCUUCUGACUUAGUCCUUAAAUCUGAACAAUUGAAACGAUCAAGUCAAAAAAAUUUAAAGAAAAACAAUUCUCAAAGCAACUAUAAAAAAUUACGAUCAUAUUCAAGUAAAAGUAUCGCUAAAAAAAAUUCUUCACAGCUUACAGCUCGUACUAAUUAUGAGAAAAAAAUAGAAUUUAAUGAAUAUGAUCCAAGUAUUGUAAAAAUUUUCAAAGAACUAUCAGAAAAUUCUUUUAAAAUAAACGAAAUAAAAAAUUUACGUGGAAGAAAAUAUUUAUCAAGAAAUUGGGAAGAAUCUUUGCGAAAUGUCGAUGAAGACUUUGUAAUUAUGUCAAGAAAAGCUAAUGAUAUUUUAAAAAAUUUUUAUAACACAACUUGUAGGAUUUUUAAUGUUGAUCUUUGCAGCCAUUGUUGCUCACAAAAAUCUAAAAUUCCAACAAAGAAGAAAAUCAAAAAUUUAUUGAUAGACUCUUUAAUAUUAGAUGGCAAUUGUAGAAGAAAAUUUAUUGGUUCUGUAACUCUAAACUCACCUUCACAAAGCUUACCUGCUUCUGAACAUAGCUUCUCACAAGAGAUCACUCUUUCUGAAGAUAAAUUAAUUAAGAAAAAUAUAAUUUGUGGCUCAAUAAUAAUAGAUGGAAAAUUGAUAAAUCAAAUUGGAGGAAUUUGUAAAGAUCGUUUGCAUAUUUCGCAUAAAAUUCCUCAUUCGGAAAGAAUUAAGAAUACUUUACCGUGCAAUUGUUAUUGUACUGAAGAAAAUAAAGAAGAAAAUGAAACUGAAAAUAAAAUUGAUAAAUUAAAAUGUCAGCAGCGCUUUGAUGAUAUUAAUCCAAGUUUGAAAAAUUUUUUGUUAGCGAACGAAGUAAAGAAGAAUAUAGAAGAACAAACUUUUGAGCGAAUUAAUCACACGACUUGCACUCAAAGAUUUUUUACUGAUAAAAAAAAGGUUGAAGAAAAAAAAAAGGAAGCUUGUAUGAAAUGUUUUAAUUUUCCGGAUAAAUGUAAGAAAAAUCCUCUUGAAGAAAUACUAAAAUUUGUUGAAGAAGAUCAGAUUAAAUUAUACAAAAAUAAUAUUAAGUUUUCUAUUAGAGGACUGAAACAAAUUGCUGAUAAUGGAGCGAGUUGUAAGCCGAUUAUUUCAAAUAUAAUUUUAUGUACACCUAAAAUAAUUACACCUAUUUCUAGUAAGUCAGAUUUAACUGUAUAUUCUUCUUUGAGUAAGAGUAAUCUUGUGUCUGAAAUAAAAUUAAAUGGCGUUAAAAAUGAGGGUGAAAAAUUAUCUGGUAAAGAAAAAAUUGCUAAAAUUAUUACGGAUAAUAAAAAUAAAGUUAAAGAGGAAAUGAUGGAGUUAUACAAACAAAUUGAAGAGUUAGAUAAUAUUAAAAAUAAAUUAAAUAAAAAUUUGGAAAUAAUUAAAAGUGAUCCUGCGAUAAAGGACACUAGUGUGAUAAAAAAACAGAUCGCUGGAAAAAAUGUAAAAAUGAAAAAGAAGGAUAUUAAGUUAAAAGAAACUGAUAAUAAAGCUAAUAGCGAGAAAUUUGAAAAUGAAAAUUUGGAAACAAUUGAAACUGAUUCCAAAAAUGUAAUAAAAAAACAGAUCGUCGAUGGAAAAAAUAAUAUGAAAAUGAAAAAGAAGUUAAUGUCAGAAGAAACUGGAGAUACUGAUGUUUAUAGCGAAAAAUCUGAAGGAGAUAAAAAAAAUUCUGAUUUGGAUAAAAAUAUAAUUAAUGAAGAAAAAAACGAUGGAGACUUAUCGAAACAUAAUAAUUUAAUUACUUUGAUGAAAAUUGCACUGAAAGAAAUGGCAAAUGAAAAUUUUCUACUCGCAAAAUUACCGGAUUGUGAUAAACUCCCUCAACUUCGAAUGUGGAUUAAGUGUCGAAAAGGAUUUGUUUCAUCUAAUUUAGAAAAAGAUGAACUUCGUGAUAAAAUUCAAAAUAUCGGUAAUGAACAAUUUGAUGAGACAUCAAAAAUUGUGGUUCCACAAAUAAAAUUGGAUAAAUAUCAAGGAACGUUAAAUUAUUAUGACAUAAAUAAAUUAGAAAAUCUUGUUAAAAUGAAAAAGAAACAGUUUUACAGCAAAGUAAGAAAAUCACGAGUAAAUGUAUCACGUUCGACAUGGAACCAAUUGCAAUUUGACAAUUGUACGUCAGAUUUAUUAUUUAAAAGAACUUACUUUAUUUAUCAACCGGCUAAAGAAGCAAAUGGAUUUAUAUUAAAGCCAUACGGAUUGCAAUCUUCAAAAAAAAAAGAAAAAUAAAAAGUCUAAUUGAUGAUAAAUAUUUAGAAAAGCGAUUUUAUCUAGAGAAAUUUUAUUUUAAUUAUUUAAACAGAUAUAAGGUAAAAGACUUUAUUAGUGGCACUUCUAAGUCCUAUUAGUGGAACUUUUUCUUUUAAUGAAAAAAUGUUUUACUUGGAAUAAAAAUAAAAAUUUUUUUUUAUCUAUAAGUCUUA